AUGGCCGUAGCAGUUGCUGCCGCUGCCGCCCUCGGCCUGGCAUUUUUGCUCUACCACCUUUGUUUCCCUCUUUUCAUAAGCCCUCUUGCAAAGAUACCGGGUCCAAAUGCGUUUGCCUUUACAAGAUGGCGACUUGCAUUGGAAGACUUCCGAGGCACCCGCACCCGCACCAUUCACAUACUUCACAAAAAGUACGGCCCCGUCGUGCGCCUCGGGCCUAGUGAAGUGUCGUUCAACAGCGUUUCCGCCCUGCGAACCAUAUAUGGAGCUGGCAGCGGUUUCGAGCGGACUAGCUUCUACAACAUGUUUCAAGUCUAUGGGCGCAAGAACAUGUUUUCCUUCUUCUCCGGCCGCGAACACUCUGAGCGUAAGAAGAUGUUUGCCAAUGCCUAUGCCAAAUCGGCCAUGCUCAAAGGAGCCAACGCAGCCAUGGUAGAAGCAAAGGUCCGCCAGUAUCUGGAUUUGAUUGCGCGACAGGAAGGCUCGAGUGAGAUAUUUGCCUCAUUGCACUACUUUUCUCUAGACGCCAUCACCGACUUCUUAUAUGGGAAGUACGGCAGGACGUCUUGUUUGGAAGGCUCCGAAGCCGACUGCGCGUUAGUCAAUGAUAUAGUGGACGUUGCGCGUCGUAGACUGUCCUGGUUUACCGUUCACUUACCACGCUUCACUGCAUGGCUGUAUUCUAGGACAGGGCUCUUUGGGAGAGUUGCUCGCUAUUUCUACCCGAUGCAGUUGCCAACCACGUAUACAGGCAUCCGGCGCCACGCUAUGAUCGCAUGCCAGGAAUUUGCCUGUGGCUCACCUGCCGCCGAACCCUCUGAGACCGUAGAACAGACGUCUCCGUUCAUCGCAAAGCUGUGGAAGCACCAUUGCUCCCGAAAGACUAAUGGUGGGCUGGACGACGUUGAUAUUGCUUCCGAGUGCGCCGACCACCUCCUCGCUGGCAUCGACACCACUAGCGACACCCUGAUGUUUCUCAUCUGGUCGCUCUCCCGGUCCGAGAGCAGGAAAUUCCAGCAGAAGCUCAUCGAUGAGGUCCGCAGCAUAUCCCACGAAAGUCUCAACCCAUACGACAUUCCGACCGUCGAGACCAGUGACAAACUUCCUUAUGUAAACGCUGUCAUUAAAGAAACUCUGCGGCUCUAUGCGCCCUUGCCGGCCUCUGAGCCACGGCAAGCCUCCACAGCCACUGUGAUUGAUGGCUAUCAUAUCCCAGCAGGAACUACAGUAUCCAUUUCGCCGUAUAUCCUACAUAGGAACCCAAAAGUCUUCCCGAAUCCGACGCAGUUCAACCCCGAUCGUUGGAUCGAUCCAUCCGAGAACACUGUCGAAAUGAACAGGUGGUUCUGGGCAUUUUCCAGCGGAAGCAGAAUGUGUAUUGGGGUCCACCUUGCAAUGGCGGAAAUGACCACAUUAGUGACCGCUGUGUAUCGCAAGUAUACCACCACUACCGUUGGUGAUUUUGACAAAGUUUCACCUGGUAUCACAAGCCGCUACGAAGUUUUUUAUGACGAAGGAUGUAGCGGCGUAAAGGAACACGAAUGCCACAUCCGAUUCGACAAAUUAGCUACCUAAACCUUGUACCAUGCUUUAGUUUACGUUCGGGUAACUCAUUCGCCUCGAUACGUUAGAUCGGGGGAUUCGACACUGGCCGACCACCACGCUUCUCAGGGAGUACACCAGCGCGUCGCGCAAUUUUUUUUGCCGCAUCAGAUACCUUUGAAAUGUCCGAAACAAUUGUAUUGCCA